AUUUUACCCCACCCUCCCCUACUAACCAACCAACGAAUUAGAUCUACAAUUAUUAUUAAUAUAAAAUAUGAAUAAUGAACUAAAAAUAAUCGAAUAAAAUAAAAAAUAUCAUCGAAUAUGUCAAAAAAAUGCGAAAGAAGAGAAAUAUGAUCGGCAAAUUCACUCGCCUUAGCCUCCCCAGCCCCACAUAUUGAACUAUGACACUCAUACCUUCGUAUAAUACCUCGACAUCUUCCAUGGUGCCCACUAAUUUAAUACUCGAUCUGUCGACGCAGUUUUUAAUUAACUAUUUUCACUGAUGCUCCUCAUUACGUUCUCGUCUUCACUAUUAUGCCAACCACGAUGUUGUUUACUCCAUUUACUAUAGAGACACACAGUGCAUUUUUCACAUGAAUGAGAUGUCAGCUGAUUCAUUGGCCACAAACUUCACUCGUCAAACGGUCAAACCACUUGUCGAUUGCAUUUAGGUUACGCGAGUGAAAUAAGUUGUUCGAGUUGUUAUUUGUCGUCAGGUCUUCCUGGUGACAGUGGGUUUUCUUGAAAAACAGUGCUAGGAUAAUAAACAAUAAAUUUCCUGAGAGGAUAGACGAUACACAUCUUGGUGCAUAUGUUUUUUAAUGCUGCACUCCGUCGCUGUCCACUUUGGCUCGAGAAACAGUUGACUUGUGCUUAUUUCACAGCGAGGAGCAUCACGACAAACGGAUUCGGCAGGAUGCACAGUUUAAAGACUAUAGUCCAAGGUCAGUCCAUGUCGGUGCAUAUUCUACCGGCACUGCAGGACAAUUUCAUGUAUUUGAUUGUUGACGACAAAACUAAAGAGGCAGCUGUGGUAGACCCAGUGAACCCAACCCUCGUCGCAAGUACAGUUGAAGAGAAUAAAUUCAACUUGACGAAAAUUCUGACGACUCACCACCACUGGGAUCACGCUGGGGGGAACGAGAAUAUGCUGAAGAAAUUCAAAGGCGUUCAGAUAUAUGGUGGGGAUGACAGAGUCGAGGCUGUUAAUAAAAUCGUGGCUCAUGGGGACAGUUUCAACAUUGGGAGCUUGAAGGUCCAGUGUCUGGGGACACCCUGUCAUACAACUGGACACAUUUGUUACCUCGUCAGUGGAGGGGACGACGAUCCACCCUCUGUCUUCACUGGUGAUACCUUGUUCGUGGGUGGCUGUGGGAGAUUUUUCGAGGGGACUGCCGAGCAAAUGUGCAAAGCACUUGGUGAAGUGCUUGGAUCCCUCCCCGAAAAAACGAAAGUCUUCUGUGGGCACGAGUACACCUGCAAAAAUCUCCAGUUUGGAUUGACAGUGGAGCCGUCAAACGAAAAUAUCAAAAAUAAAUUGGAGUGGGCAGAGGCUCAACGCAAGGCGCAAUCCCCAACAGUCCCGAGUACAAUUGAAGACGAGAAGAAAACGAAUCCGUUCAUGAGAGUUCACGAGGCAUCUGUCAUGGAGCACACAGCAACGACUGGACUUGUGGCAACCAUGGCCUCCUUGCGGAGGGAGAAAGACAACUUCAAAUAAACCCGAGUGAAUUAAUUACCCCCAAAAAUACUGGGAAACUGUUGUCACAAGUGCAAUAGCACGAGUUACUUUGUUUAUGCUUCCGUUCAGAUGAUUUCUUCCAAAUAAAUGAGAAUGCUGUUGCGAAAUAAUGAAUAUUUAUUAUUCUUAAUGUGGGACACUC